UCUUCAAGGCUGGGGGUCGGGGGUGGUGAACCAAUUCUGAGUAGCACAUUUGUGUGUGAAUACGUUGGGGAGAUCUUAGGCGAGCAAGAGGCAAACAAUAGGCUUACCAGGUAUGGUAGAGAUGGUUGCAACUAUCUGUUUAACAUUGGUUCUCAAAUAAAUGAUAUGAGCCGGUUGAUUGAAGGACAAGCACGAUAUUUUAUUGAUGCAUCCAAAUAUGGAAAUGUUUCGCGUUUCAUCAAUCAUAGCUGCUCGCCAAAUCUUGUGAAUCAUCAAGUUCUUGUGGACAGCAUAGAUUGUCACCGAGCUCACAUUGGUCUCUAUGCCAGUCAAGAUAUAUCUGUAGGUGAAGAGCUGACUUUUGACUAUCGAUAUGAACUCCUGCCUGGACAAGGAUAUUCAUGCAGAUUGAUGUUUUCCUAAUAUGCUCGAAUGCAAUGCAGUAUAAUGCACCAGAUACAAUUUAUUUUUGACAGGUUUGUCUAGGUCUCAAUUGUAUUAAUUCCUUUGUCAUGAUCUGUUGUGGUCUCAAUUGUAUUAAUACCUUGAGGAUUAUUGUGUUUCUAAUUUUUGAUGUUACAAAUAUAUAUUCAGUUGUCGACAGUUCUUAGACUAAAAUAUGCUGUGAUGUUCUCUUUUUUUUAUGAAUUAUGGAGAAUGUAUGGUAGAUUUCUGAAAUUUCAGGUAGGCAACGUAUAUGUUGUUGGGUUUUUAGGAUGAGAUGUCAAAAAUUUGUCUGUUCAGGACAGGAUUUUU